AUGCCGCAGAAGCUGGAUGAGCCUGUGCAGGAGAAGGGGUCGAACUUUUCGGCAGGGACGGUGCAGCUCAUCUGCAUUGCCCGGCUCCUUCUUGCCAAGCAGCGAAUCGUCUUUCUCGAUGAAUGUACUGCCAGUGUAGACCUGAAGACAGAUGCGCAAGUGCAGAGUGCAAUCCGAUCAGCCUGCGGUGACUGUGCGAUUUUGUGCAUAGCUCACCGGCUGGACACGAUCAUCGACUACGAUCGCUUAGCCGUUCUGGAUUCUGGGCGGGUGAUUGAGACUGGCUCCCCUUCGGAGCUUCUGCAGCAGCAGGGCGCCUUCACGGGCCUGGUGGCCAGCACGGGCGACGCCGGAGCCGAGAUUCGACGAAAGCUGGCAGCUUCACCGCCUGCACCUUCUUCACGCAUCAAGCUCUAA